AUGGCAGCACGCAAGAGCCAGUUUUUUCAGCUUGCCAUUGUUUCGAGUCUCAUCGCUUGGCAAUGUUGGAAGUUAGAGAAGCAGGACAGGUUCAGCAUGUCCGAGGCCUAUGGCAUUGAAAACGGCAGUGUGCAGUGGCCAUUUGUGGUAGCUGCCACCAUCUUUCUGAUGGAGUUCCUCCUAUGUUUUCUUUUACUUCUUCUGUUGCGUUUGAUGCUGUACUUCAAAGACCCUGGCAGCGGCGAGGUGCUCUUCUUGUCUCGCUUGCGCGAGGUGGCCGAGAUGUUAGCCUGUAUUUCCUUCUUCAGCGGCGUCUACUACGUCUUUCAGGUGUGCCGUAAGCACGACCAUGAUCUCCCGAUGGGUUCUGCUUCGUGGUUCCGGGAUACACGGGAGAUUCGCGAAGGACGUCACAUGAUUUUGUGGACCUUCUUAGCGCCACAGCAGUGGGUGAUGCACGCACGGCUGUAUACCAAAGCCAGUUGGCGCGAAGCCAGCAACUUGAUGAUCUCGACAGCCUUCACCAUGGUCUUUGGCCUAUGUGCUACACAGGUGGAUAUGUCACAGGAGCAUACCUGGAUCGCGCCUCAUUGGCAGGUCCGCUGUUUUUACACCCUUGCCUGCAUGUGCAUGUUGACCACCUAUGUAAGGGCUCAUCGUUUUCCAAUGGAGCCGGCCAUUGCAAAGACAGGUAGAUUCUACUUGAAUGUGAAAUAUGUCAUUUGGAGCUGCUACCCUUUGGUCUAUGCCCUACGCUCCUUUGAAAUCAUCACCCCCUGGCAAGAAGAGGUUUUGUGCUACAGUGCAUUGGAUUUGGUCGCCAAAUCUCUGUCUUUGAUCGCAAGUUCCACCGGGCCACUCUUCACGCUUUUCGUGAGUACCUGGGGACAUUGGCACGUGUCAGGCGGCCUCCACGACAUCCGUGUCACGGUGUCGGAUCCGACUUGGUCCGUGCAAUCCGUACAGAUGGAUCCUUCCACAGAGGUUGGCCAGAUCACGGGUUUAUCAAGCGGUUCAGACUUUCUUCGGGAGGCCGUUGGCCAUAGCGAAGAUCGACGUCGGCUGCUGCAGAUCUCCAAGCAGGUUGAUCGUCAGCUGACGUUCAUGGCACAGAAGACUAUGAUCAAGGUCGACUUGGCCGGCACGCCGGUGUCAGCAGAAUGCUACAUCUCCAGAAGUUUGUGGGGAUCACGGCAGUUGGCGCUGACACUCUCGGCGCUUCCAGGCGAGGCCUUCGAGUUCCAUUUGAAGGACGGGAUCGAAGAUGAUGCCCAGAGUUUGGACAGCUUUAGUCAUGGCAGCGAUGAGGGGUCGCACCAUACGGGCUCCACACGUUUGGAAGGAAGCCAGGGAAAAGGCCUCACAGCUGCGAAGGUGGCGUUGCACCAGUACAUCAAUCAGGCGGUUGCACAGACGAGGCCAUGA